AUGCCCAAUGCCACUAUCACCGUCUCUGAGUUUGUUCUGCACUGCGCAAUCGACAAGGACAAGAUGACCUUUACCAUCGUGGCUCUUGCCAUCAUCUACGUUGUGACACUCUUGGGAAAUCUGCUGGUAAUUGUGGUCAUAAUAAUAAACCCCCAUCUCCAUAGCCCCAUGUUUUUCUACAUUGGCACCUUGGCAGUGUUUGACAUUGUGAACAGUAGCAACCUCAUCCCUCGAAUGCUGGCCGUGCUGCUCUCCAAUGCCACCACUGUCCCUUAUGGGCCCUGCUUGCUCCAACUGUCAGUGGUGUACCAUCUUGGGGUUGCAAAUGGCCUUCUUUUGUCUGCUAUGGCAUAUGACCGCUAUGUUGCUGUUGUGUACCCCCUAAGAUACCCUUCUCUUGUUACAAAGAAGACGGUCUGCAUCAGCAUCUUCCUGGUGAAUGUUAUUUCUGCUGCCAUCCUCACCCCCUACAUGGUUUUUGCUACAGAGCUUUCAUUUUGCCGCACCAACGUCCUACCUUACUGUUUCUGUGAUUUUGUUACAAUGGUUCAUAUUUCUUGUACCGAAGACCCGAGGCACCUCACUCUUCUGUCCAGCACCACAAUAGCCACAGGUGUAGGAGAGUUAGCAAUUAUUCUGUUUUCUUACAGCAGGAUUGUCGUGGCGGCCCUGAAGAUCUCCUCGGCAGAUGGGAAGAAGAAAGUUUUCAGCACUCUUCUCACCCACCUUCUGGUGGUCUGUCUUUUUUAUUUGCCCCUGAUGAUUUCUUAUAUAUUACCAGGAAUUGGAGUGCAGCUCUCUGCAGAAGCUUACAAUGUGCUGGUCAUCAUAGCCAUUAUGGUGCCCCCCAUGAUGAAUCCUAUCAUCUACAGCUUCAGGAACAAGGAGAUCAAGGGGAGCAUUUACAGGCUAUGGACGGGGAAGAGAACAACUCCAGAUAGCCAUUAA